CUUUAUACUCGCACUUUCAUUGGCGUCAAUCUGCAGCACGAUCAAUUGCCGCUUAUAUACGGGCGAUAUAAACGGCUAUUCAGCACCACGCCUCCAAAACCCUCCCCUAUCCUUCCACCGAAUUUCAUAGAGAGGUAUAAGGGAAGACCUCCCACAAAAAACCGCCGCGAUGCAGCCCACCCAGCCACUCCUCAAAGCCUUCCGCAAAUUCCGGCUAACGACCAAAGAUGUCAACAAGGGGUUCUACAAGGGAACGCGAACGGGCAGGAUGGGAUCGCAUACCAAAUACGGUGGCUACGUGAUCGACUGGAGCCGGGUGCGGACAUUUGUUGUGCCCCCCAACCUUUCUAAAUUCAAGUUGACGCCCUACGUAACGCAACUGGUACGGGAGAAGAAAGGUCGAUACGAGGGUUAUCAAAUGGGACCUAAGAGCGCGGAGCUAUAUCUAGAUCGGUGGAAGCAGGAGAACGGAUUGGACUGAGAGGUUGUCUUGAAAGGAGUAAAACUUGCUGUCAAUUGGAAUAGACGGACGCCGAGUAUCGGGGAGAUGACUGCGGUUUGUUGCUCGAAGCUGAGUUAACUGAGUUACCCUCAAGUUACCGUUCUCAUGGCCGGAUAUCUUCUCGGGUCUUGUGGCAUUGGGAUAUGAAGAAGAGAAACCUGGCACGAAAAUCACGACAGUCAAAACAACAUGUAAAAUCUGUAUUAUACCGAUCACAGAACAUCACACCAUAAAGCACAUAACACCAUAAAUUCAAAGCCACUUUUAAUCCGGUAA